AAUCCAUUCUCAGACACUUUUAUAACAAACAAACCAUUCUCUAUGAAACUCUCCAUCAUCACCCUCUUCCUCUCCCUAUCAACUCUAACCACCAUCACCACCACCGCCAGCAAUGACACCAUCCUCGACAUCGCCGGCGACAACCUCCGGCCAGGAACCAAGUACAACAUCCUCCCUGUUUUCCGUGGCCGUGGCGGCGGCAUCUCAUUAGCUCACCUGAACCACUCCUCCUCUUGUCCCCUCGCCGUCGUCCAAGAACUGUCAGAAGUCAACGCCGGCCAACCGUUGACUUUCUACCCGGUCAACGGCCAUGACAAAACGGUCAAACUGUCAACGGACGUUAACGUUGAGUUCACGGUAACGGCAACGGUGUGGAAGCUGAGUGACGUGGCGGAGGAGUGUGGUAACCGGCGGUAUGUGGUGAGCGGUGGAGUUAAAGGGAAACCAGGGUUGGAAACAGUGAGUAAUUGGUUUAGGAUUGAGAGAAGUGAGAGCGGUGAUUAUAAGCUUGUGUUUUGCCCACAUGUUUGUGACUAUUGUAAGGUUUUGUGUGGUGAUUUGGGUGUGUUUGUUGAUGGUGGCAGGAGAUGGUUAGGGUUUGGUGGGGAUUUUUUCCCUGUCAUGUUCAGGAAGUUUGAGCAUGACCAGUGAUUGAUUGUAAGAGUUAGGGUUUAACCACACCUAACUUUUUUUUUUUUUAAAUUUAAAUAACUUGUGAUAUUUUAGAGUGUAUUUUGUUUGGAAGAGAUGAAAGUCUAAAAAUGUUAUUUGUGUUGAAGUGAGGGUUUCGGUUAAAAGUCCUCACUUUCUUUAUUUGGAUGAUGAAGAAAUAAAAAUUUGAAAU